AGAAGUCGUAAGUCCACCUUUUUUCGGAAUUCCCGACUUCAGCCACACUCCUCUCUCUCUCUCCACCACGACCCGAGAAACCCAAAACCCACAGGAAAAGAAAUAUUCUGAUUUCGCCGGCAGCCAUGGCUUCCUCCACCGACGUGAAGAAAAUAGUAGGCGACCUGGACAAGGAGUCCUUCGUAUCCCUUCUCACCAAGCUUAUUGGGGAGUCCAAGUAUCUCCAGAACAACCCACCUGAGCUGAUCCCUCAAGAGGACCGAGCCGUCAAGCACGUCCUUGAUUCCCUGCUUCCCCAUAGCACCACCACAGGCGGUGGGCCCCUGGUGAUCAAACACGUGACCUACUUCCCCGGCAGAGGCAACGUUAUUGUGGAGUACCCGGGAACUGUUCCUGGGAAGAUCUUGUCCUUCGUUGGCUGUCACAUGGACGUCGUCACUGCUAAUCCCAAUGACUGGGAAUUUGAUCCAUUCUCAUUGAGCAUCGAUGGAGAUAAACUUCGUGGCCGUGGAACUACUGAUUGCUUGGGUCAUGUUGCACUUGUAACUGAGCUCAUGAGAAGGCUGGCAGAGACAAAGCCAAAAUUGAAGUCAACUGUGGUUGCAGUCUUUAUAGCAAAUGAAGAGAAUUCUGCCAUUUCAGGAGUUGGUGUGGAUGCGCUCGUAAAGGAUGGGCUACUCAGUAGGCUAAAGGAUGGUCCUCUGUUUUGGAUUGACACAGCAGAUAAACAACCUUGCAUCGGUACUGGUGGUAUGAUACCUUGGAAGCUUCAUGUGACUGGGAAGCUUUUUCACAGUGGUUUGGCACACAAGGCUAUAAACCCUUUGGAGCUAGCUAUGGAAGCACUGAAAGAUAUCCAGUUGCGGUUCUAUAGAGAUUUUCCUCCCCAUCCCAAGGAAGAGGUCUAUGGAUUUGCUACACCAUCAACCAUGAAGCCAACACAAUGGAGUUAUCCAGUUGGUGGAAUAAAUCAAAUUCCAGCUGAGUGCACAAUUUCGGGAGAUGUCAGGUUAACUCCCUUCUACAACGUUAAGGAUGUUAUGAAAAAGCUUCAAGAAUAUGUGGAUGACAUUAACGAAAACAUAGGAAACGUAGAGUCACGAGGUCCGGUUUCAAAGUAUAUCUUACCAGAUGAAAACCUAAGGGGAAGCCUUACAUUAAGUUUUGAUGAGGCAAUGUCCGGAGUUGCUUGCGAUCUCAACUCCCGUGGAUUUCAUGUAUUGUGUAAAGCUACUGAAGAGGUUGUUGGUCAUGUAAAACCGUACUCAAUUACUGGAAGUUUACCUCUCAUUCGAGAACUGCAGGAUGAAGGAUUCGAUGUUCAAACUGCUGGCUACGGCUUGAUGGCAACAUACCAUGCCAAGAAUGAGUACUGCCUUUUUUCCGAUAUGCGCCAAGGCUACCAGGUGUUUCUCAGCGUUAUCUCUCAACUAGAAGACUGAGAAUGUGCUAAGAAACAAAAACAACUUAGAAGAACGAGAAUAACAAGAAGUUGCAAUGACACUACCAAAUCACACCAAAAUUGAAUAGUGCCUUCUUCUGAUGUUUUCCGAGGCUAUCGGGUGUUUGUCAGCAGUCACAACCCUGGUGUCUCAACUAGCGAAAGCAAAAUGUUGGUAUAAUCUUUUAAUUCUGUUGAGGGCAUACGUUCUGCACCGAGUUUAGUGCAUUUCAUUACCAAUUGUUGAUGCCAUUUUGUGCGUAACUGCGCUAUGCGAUAACCUUUUUUUUUCCUUU